AUGGCAGUGCACAAAUGCUUGUCAUCCAGUCUUACAAAGCUUGUGAGGAACUUCCAAAAAGAAUGGGAUCAAAUGCCCAAGUUCAGAUGGAAGAAGUUGAAGAAAAACAUGGAUAAUGUCACUAACGGCAUAAAUCCAAGAUUUUUCCGUGGCGAAGGAGUUACUGUUCACCUUCCUCUUCCUUCAAACUCGACGGAUACGCAAACAUUUGGAGUGCCUGGUCCAGUGCUAAGGCUCUUAUCCAAUAACACCGUGUGGUACCUCAGUUGUCCGCUGAGCACACAAGCCAUUCCAGCUAUCUAUGUAGUGGCUAUCGUUAUUGGAAUUCCGGCUAAUGUGGCCAUACUGGUCUCAGUAGGAGCCAAAGUGCGCAUGGUAUCAUCUGCUAUUUUGUGUUGCAGCCUAGCAGUGUCAGACCUGCUUCUCCUGCUGAGCCUGCUAUUUAAAGCACAUUACCACUUCUCAGGAAAUGACUGGGCAUUUGGUGAGGCCAUGUGCCGCAUCACUACCGCCUGCUUUUAUGGCAACCUCUACUGCUCAGCCCACACAAUUGCUUGCGUGAGCAUCAAGCGCUAUCUAGCUGUGGUGCAUCCAUUCUUGUACAAGAGCCUUCCCAAGCGCUCCUGCACCGCCUGGGCUGGCUUAGCUGUGUGGGUCGUGUUUUCAUUAGCAAUGGUGCCAGAGCUUCUGGUCCGUCAGAGCUACCGCAUUACUCAGCUGGGGAUAACAACGUGCCACGACGUCCUUCCUGUCGAUGUUAACAAGUAUGACUUCCUGGUAUAUUAUAACAUAGGGUUAACGUUAUUAGGCUUCCUCCUCCCCCUGCUGGUGUCCGCGGUGUGUUACGUCUCCAUUGUCUGGCAUUUAAACCGCUCGCACCACGACUGGAGUGUCUACAUCAAGGCCAGCACUGUAGUUUUCUUCAUCUUCGUGGUCUGUUUCGGCCCAAGCAGCUGCAUCCAGUUUCUGCACUAUAUACGGCUUUAUUCAAGUGGAGAGGAGAAUUUCUACGUCUACUUCAAUAUAGCCGCAUGUCUCUGCUGCCUCCACUGCUGUCUGGAUCCAUUUCUGUUUCUCCUCCUCUCCAGGACUGCAGGCUCCAAGCUUUACUUCAUAACCCGAAAAGAAAAUCAAGAAAAGACAAUCAGCAUUUCCACCUAA